UUUGACAGCUUGGGCGUGCCGAGUGAGUAUAAACAAUGCGGAGACAAGUUGAGAAAGUCUUCCUGGGACAGACACAGCACUGAUCACUUGUCGACCAACAACUCUGUAUGCACAAUGGCAGCAUCAAGCCCUCUGUCUGAGGCCAACACAGCUUUCUGCCUGGCUUUGUUCAAACAGCUGGAUGAAGACAAGAAGAGCAGCAACGUCUUCUACUCUCCUCUCAGCAUCUCCUCAGCCCUGGCUAUGGUGAUGCUGGGGGCCAGGGCCAACACAGCCACACAGAUGUCCGAGGUCCUCUGCGUCACUAAGGCAAAGAAGCUGUGUGAGACAAAGGCAGAGGAAGAGCAGAUGCAGACGCAAAUGCAGAUGCAUAUGCAGGUGCAAUCGCAGAGGCGGAUGCAUGCGCAGAUGCAGAUGCAGCAGCAGACCCAGAGAUGUGGACUUCCAGACUAUCUGCUGAAGUGUCUGAAGGCUCAGGAUGAUGUCCAUGUCAAGUUUUCCAAGCUAAUGAAGGAGCUGAACAAGGCUGGAGCCCCGUACUCCCUCAGCCUGGCCAACAGGCUGUAUGGAGACCAAUCCUACCAGUUUGUUGAGGGGUUCCUGGCAGACACCAAGAAGCACUACGACGCAGAGCUGGAGUCUGUGGACUUCAAAACCAGCGCAGAGACAGCCAGGAUCAAUAUCAACAACUGGGUGGAGAAGCAGACCCAAGAUAAAAUCAAGGACCUGCUUGCCCCGGGUGUAGUGGACAGCAUGACCAGGCUGGUGCUGGUUAAUGCCAUCUACUUCAAAGGCAACUGGGACAGGAAGUUUGACGCCGACCUCACCAAGGAUGCUCAGUUUAAACUCAACAAGAAUGAAAACAAGCCGGUGAAGAUGAUGUACCAGAAAGCCAAAUUCCCUCUCACCUACAUCCCUGAGGUCAACUGCCAGAUCCUGGAGCUGCCUUACAAAGGGAAGGACCUCAGCAUGCUCAUCUUCCUGCCCAAUGAGAUGGAGGACGACACAACUGGUCUGGAGAAGCUGGAGAAGGAGUUGACCUAUGAGAAGUUUGUGGAGUGGACACAACCAGACAUGAUGGACACAAUGGAGGUUCAGGUGGGCCUGCCCCGAUUCAAGAUGGAGGAGUCGUACGACCUGAAAGACAUCCUCACCCGCAUGGGGAUGGGCGACGCCUUUGAUGUUGGAAUGAGCGACUUCUCUGGCAUGUCUCCGGCCAACGACCUGGUGCUGUCCCAGGUGGUGCACAAGGCUUUUGUGGAGGUCAACGAAGAGGGAACCGAGGCCGCCGCCGCCACUGCUGCCAUCAUGAUGAUGCGCUGCGCCAGGAUGCCUGACCAAUUCAUCGCAGACCACCCCUUCCUCUUCUUCAUCCGACACAAACCCAGCAUGAGUGUCCUGUUUGCUGGCCGAUUCUGCUCGCCUGCCUGAGCACUGCAGUGCUUUCCCAGCCAGGCAGUAUCUUGAAAAGAGGCUGAGUCACUGUUGCAGAGUGGAUGCACACUACAAGAUUUCUCCGGAACAUUUACAACCCGAGUUUCCGUCCAGUAUUUAUAAAGCCAGGAUGUUGCCAGAAAGCCUUUGAGUGGAAACUGUGGUGUUGGAUUCUCUAAAAUAUCAUGUGGGUUAGUUAAAUUGUGGCUAAAUCUUAUUAAAGAUUUGUAGUGUUCAUCCACUCUUACACGGUUAUUUUUUUGUUUAUUGUGUGCCUUUAAUUAUAGAUAUAUAUGCUGCUGCGCUGUGCAUCUUUUGCCCUGGAUUAUUUUUGUGUCCCACAGCUUUGCACUACCCUCUGCCCAGCGACUGUUGGUCUGUGAUUCAUCCUCAGACCUCGCCCAGCUUUAUCAUGAGCUUCACAUGCUCAGCGCCCACUUUAUCUUAUCUCAUACGUGACCUGAGAUUUAAUGCUGGUUUCAACAGCCAGCAUAGCUGUUAACUGUAACUUUAGGCCAUGUAUGAAAAUAUCUGACACUGUAAUC